CCACGAGCUGACUCGUGGAUCCGCGGGGAAUGUGUUAAGUGUAAACAGCCUAUAAUAAAAGGUAUGGGCUCUUUGGUGUGAGUGGGCAGGUGUGGUGGUAAUUCAGCUUUAAUUAAAGAGGCUCUGUCCUCCGGUGCUGCCAUCUUGUAUCCAGAAGUCGUAUCUUUUACCAUGGGGUGUGGAGGAUGUCCAGUCAGUUGGAACAUUAUGUACACUUGUGUGAGUCGUCGUUCACCCAUAUCAUACACAGUCACAUCUAAAACAGAAUGCUUGCUGUACUGUAGGUGAUAAGGUUUUUUUUUCGCCUCGCAGGCACGAUCACAACUAUUAUUGCGUAUUUUAACUCGUUGCGCCACCACAGAUGGUAAGAUUAAUCUAAUAUCAGUGCAAUCGAUAUGCCUUCGAUAGCAUAAACUAUAGCCAGUCUGCUGCAGGCAGGCUGCAGUCUGUGUUUGCUGCCGUUGAUACGCGCGCAAUACCCUGAGCAAAGGUCGCUGGCACUAGAAGGGACCGAUACUCUGCUCGCGACACAAUAAGUCGCUGCUCCUUGCACUUAGCACUCCUCGCACCUUCCAUCGCACUUCGUUCUCGUUUUUUCUCCGUUCGCGAUGCUCUCGCUCCUCCUCCUGCUCUUCCUCAUCUUCCUGGCGGCCGUCUGGUUGCUUGACCAGCGUCGCGUCUCCCACGGCAACCUGCCUCCGAGCGUCGGCUUCCGCUUCCCGGUCGUCGGUCACCUCCCGUACCUGUCGCGCGACGCUCACAUCGACUUCGCGCGCUGGGGGGAGAAAUACGGGAAGCUGCUUCAUCUGUGGAUGGGGGAGAAGCUGGUGGUGGUCGUCAACGACUACGAGCUGAUAAAGGAAGCCUUCAAGAGGGAGGAGUUCUCCGGAAGACCUGACAUGUUCCUCUUCAACGUGACGUCGGAGAACAGGACGCGGGGUGUGAUUCUAACAGAGGGCGCCAUCUGGAAGUAUAACCGGCGCUUCUGUCUCUCCAGCCUGCGAGACAUGGGAAUGGGCAGGUCGUCGCUGGAAUCCAAGAUUCUAGACGAGAUCGACAUUCUCCUGGCGGCCAUCGAAGAAAAGAAGCAACGUGCUUUCGAUUUCAGUCGUCUGCUAGACGCCAGCAUCGCCAAUGUCAUCGGCAAGGUCAUCUUCAACCAGCACUUCGGCUACGACGACGCAGAAUUUACGGGUGUCAUCGCCUCCAUCCAGACGAACAUCCGCAUCGUUGGCUCGGCCUUCGCUCUCAACUUCCUGCCCUUCCUCAGGAUAUUUUCUCGACUCACCAGGCUGAGCACGGUGAUGGAAAACCAGGAGUGGCACGAGACCUACUUCAUGGACCACAUCAAGAAGCACAGAGAGGCGUUCCACGACGGUCGGGUCAACGACUUCAUAGACGCUCACUUGUUACAACAGGAAUCAUGCAGUAAGCAGCCAGAGCAAGACGCAGGUCCUGAUGUAUUCAACGACAUACAACUCAGAGCUCUCAUAGGAGAACUGUUCAGUGCAGGCACUGACACGACAACCACCACUCUAUCCUGGGGCCUUCUAUACAUGAUGCUACAUCCACACAUCCAGCAGCACAUCCAGAAAGAGAUAGACGAGCAAGUUGGCGAUAACAAGAGGCCCUCGAUGUCAGACAUGCCAAAGAUGCCCUACACGGCGGCGACCAUCUUAGAAAUACAGCGUAUGGCUAAUGUUGUGCCUCUCGGUGUGAUGCAUGCGAACAACGCGGGACCGGCAGAGCUUGGGGGCUACACGAUUCCGGCAGGAACCACGAUAUUUCCCAAUCUGUACGCCGUGCAUACCGACCCCAAGCUGUGGCCAGAGCCUGCAGCGUUCCGGCCCGAGAGGUUCCUCAGUCUGGAUGGGAAGGUGCUCAUCCCUGAGGGCUUCGUACCUUUCUCAGUCGGGAAGAGGAAAUGUCUGGGCGAGAGCUUAGCUAAGAUGGAGCUGUUCUUAUUCUUCACAUGCUUGCUGCAGAAGUUCAGCUUUCAGCUACCAGAUGGCGCUGCACAGCCAGACAUGAAGGGUGUUCUGGGAAUAACACUGACACCCAAACCUUACAAGUUAUGUGCAAUCCGGCGGUCAUAGUUAUCUAUACAUACUACACUUACUAUAUAUAUAUAUAUAUAUAUAUAUAUAUAUAAUUUCCCCAAACAGUCUCUAAUAUCUGGUAAAGCCAAACCACUUGGUGGUUUGGCUUUACCAGAUAUACCUUUAACCUGUCUUGCUGCAAACAGGUUAAUUUAGCAUUGCUAUCUCUUGAAAAACGUCAAUUUUUAUUUUUACUCGACUACAAGUUGUGUGUUGACGUUAUAUUAAUGUUUUACUAUAAUUUUUAAAUAAAACAAAAUUGUGUAGCACGUGCAUUCAUUAUCCAAUUUUAUAUAUCUAAUUUUAUAAUCACGUGUGUGCGCGUGCACGCAUGCUUCUCUCCCUUGCCCUCUCCUCCCUCUCAUUCUUCCUGUGUGUGUGCGUGCGCAUUACUAGGUCAUGUGAGCAAAACACUUACGGUAUAUGUGUGAAAUAAUAAUACAAAAAUGUGUUUUUAGUAUGUGUGGUGCAGUAUGUAGACUAUAGAAAAAAAAAAAAAUAAUACAUACAUAAUUAAAACUUGCGCGGCUAAGGCAAUAAAACCAUUAAAAAUUUCGUGCCCACCACAAACAGUUUUUGAACCCAAAAAUUUCUUAGCCACCACAAACAGUUUGUGGUCCCGAAAAAUUCUUAGCCACAACAAACAGUUUGUCGACCCACAAAAUUCUUGGCCACUA